GUGUCUUUGAUGGUGAAAUAAUGGCAUGAAAUAAAUGAUAAAAGAAAAAGUUAAAUGUUGGGUAAAAUGAACAGUUCCAGAACUAUUAUGCGAGAAGGAUGUUUAACAAAUGAUUAAUUACUGCUUCUAAUGAUCAUUGCGCAUAAUUACUUCUUCUAGUGAUCAUUGUAUUUUUACCUACUGCUUUUCAAGUAAUAUUUUGCUGACCAUUCUCAAACCACGCCUGCUCUGCUCUUUAUAGUUCCGCGGCGGAAUGGUUUCAGGGACGGCCGGCUUGAAACGGCUGUGAGAUUUUCUGUCACAUGGCAAGGCUAAUUUCAGCCGUCCUGUGCCUGAUAUUGGGCGACAAUGCGACAUACAUUAUUGUAAAUCGCCACAUUUUGGCCGUCUCAUGGUCCAAAACAUUACAGUCUUCUGUCUGUUGUGGAGCUGUGACAUCGUGUGGGCUGGGUCGACUUCAGAACAGCCUCUCUGCUCGGCCGUCCCCAGCGGAUGGCUCUGGUUCCAAAGGACAGUGGGCGGGGAAACUGAGAGCCCCCUCCGUGUGCCCGCUGCCUGGUAGUCUGAUCGGUGGCGACCUUCACCGCACGCGCACAGGGGCGGCAGUGGCCGACCGGGAGGUGUCGCCGGCUGAGAGGCAGCAGUGAGGCGCAUCAUGAGGGCUAUCCAGGUGUUCGAAUUCGGUGGACCGGAAGUGCUCAAAUACUCGGCCGAAGUAGUUGCGCCUGAAAUCACAGCGCCUAACCAGGUGCUGGUUGGUAUCGCCAGCGUCGGUGUGAACCCCGUGGAGACGUACAUCCGUGCCGGGGCGCGCGAGCACCCGCUGCCCUACAUCCCCGGCUCGGACGGAGCCGGAAAGGUGCUCCAGGUCGGAGAGGACGUCAACGGGCUUCAGGUGGGCCAGCGCGUGUUCCUGUGCCGCGGCCCGGACGGCGGCCCCUCGGGCACCUACGCCAGCUGCACGGUGGCCCCGGCCUCGUGCGUGCGACCGCUGCCCGACCGGCUCACGUUCCAGCAGGGUGCCGGCGUCGGCAUCCCCUACUUCACCGCCUGGCACGCGCUCAUGCAGAGGGCCGCCGCCGGCCGCGGCAGCCGGGUGCUUGUCCAUGGAGCCAGCGGAGCAGUCGGCCUGGCCGCGGUGCAGAUCGCCAGACACCAUGGUAUGCUGGUGAUGGGGACAGCCGGUACCGAGGAGGGAAUGAAGCUCGUCCAGGAACAGGGAGCCGAGCACGUCUUCAACCACAGGACGCCCGGUUACACCCAGGAAAUUCUGGCAGCGUCCAAUGGAGGAGUUGACGUAAUUCUGGAGAUGCUGGCCAACGUGAAUCUGGCGACCGACCUGACGCUCUUGCGCUUCAGGGGCAGGGUCGUUGUUAUCGGCUCACGGGGGAGCAUCCAGAUCGACCCGCGGCUCACCAUGGGUCCCGAGACCAGCAUCAUGGGCUGCGCACUGGCCGCCGUCACUAAGGAGGAGUGGGAGGAGUUGGAUCUCCGUAUCGGCGAGGGUCUGGAGGCCGGCUGGAUGACGCCGAUCGUGGACAAAACCUACCCCCUCGAACAGGCGGGCCGAGCGCACGAGGACAUCAUCAACUCGGCCGGCGCCCGGGGAAAUAUCGUCCUCGAGGUGUAGUCGACGGCCCGACUCCGCACGCCAGCUGAUCGUCCCGCGAUGUGGUCGGCCGGGUCCCCUCAGGGUGUUAGUAAUGCAUGGAGUAGGGGCCGAAUCAGGGUCUCGUUACGGGGAUGUUUGGAUAUUUGGAUGGGUUUACGCUAUACAGGGUAGAUAGACGCUAAGGACCACAUUCCAAGAGCACCACUCGGGACAUUCCAAGAGCACCAGGUGUGACCGAGUGCUCAGUAAAAGCUCGCCAAGCGAAGUGGAAAGUGCGGUUGUGUGCGCACACUGGUGAGAAGCUGCUGGGUAAUUGCUAUGUAGAUGCUAUGCGAUGUGCUUCCAUGAUCAAAGGUGCCUCUCUGUCGACCGAUGUGCUGGGUAAUGGCAUGGAGUGCACACGACGUGACGAACAAAUUAACUUUACUCAUAGCGAGAUGCGCUGCCGGGAGCUAGGGGGUAGGGAAUGAUGCAGGUGCCUUAGUGAUGAAAUGGUAGUUAGUUUUCAUAGGAAGGAUCGUUAGUUUUGGGGGUGCUCAAAUAACACGGUAGAUACUGAUUUGUGCAUUGAUAUCGCUCUAGAGCGAUGUAUUUGAAAAGUGAAACACAUUAUGCAUACUCAUACGUUUUUGUUGAUUUUCUUCAUUGAUGUGUUUCGUUGUAACAGCUAACACUUUACUCUCCCGAACAAUGCUUUGAAGGGUAACCGAUUUACUUUAUUGCUCGUUUUUUUAAUAUAAAACGAUGCAUAGAACGCUUUUCGCCGUUAAACUCGGAAUGUGUCAAUUGUUCGUGUUGAAUUUGUAUGCAUACAUUCGUCAACGCGAGAUGAAAUGAUGGGCAAAUAUAUUUAUAUUCAAAUUCGA